AUGAUGCAUCCAAGCAUCAUAUUGAAACACACGCAAUGGUGCUUAAUGUUUAAUGUGUGGAUAUUCGUAUAGUCAUGGGUUUGGCUUUAUGAUGAAUGAUCGAGUUGUUUAAGUUGUCUUCCCAUUGUCUUAUGUCGUGGUAAAGUGGAGCAUAUAGAUAAAAAGCUGUACUCACACAGAAAGAAGAACAAAUGAAGCUGAAGGCAGGCACUUAAUUGUACCUUAAUUGUGGUUAUUUACCUGUUCAUUGCUUUAAAUUAGUACAUGAUGUCAAUGCAACCUUGAAAAAUGUAAUGAUUUAGAGGUUUGAUUUAAUUGUUGAUUUGCUUUUCUCUGACGUAAAGCUAAAUUGUCUGGCCACUAUGUAAUACCAGAAUGACCUAUUAUACAGCUGA